CUGAAGUGGUGAACGGAAAACAGUAGCCAUGGACGCCGGAGCUCUGUUCUUCUCUGCUAAUGUCCACUCUCUCUACAAACCCAAAAACCCACCCGACAUUUCCACCGGGAGCAAAGCAUCCCCUGUUCGGACCCAAUUUCGGGUCGGGUCCACAAUUGGUUCCAUGUUUUCUAAGUUUCGGUAUGGAAUUCGGGCAAGAAAAGGAGCGGGAAACUAUACGCAGAUGUUAGACAAAUACCGGAGUCGAUACGGGAAUUGGUGAAGUAUAAAGAUGGGUUAGAAGAUAUAGUUUUGAGUGCGGAGGAUUUGGAGGGUUCGAUCCCGUGGUGUGACCCGUUCCCGAAACGUUGGGUUAUCGUGAUUUUGUGUUUUCCGGCAUUUUUGUUGUGUAAUACGGAUAGAAGUUCAAUUGGAGUCCAACUACUGUCGGUUUGAUACAUUCAUCUUUCUUCUGGGGUUACGUUCUUACUCAGUGACAGAUUGCUGGUGGCAUAUGGGCUGAUACACAGUGGGUGGCAAGUCAGUCCUGGCAUUUGGCGUAGUUUGGUGGUCUAUUGCUACUGUUCUUAGUCCUUUUGCUGCCAAAAUUGGGUUGCCAUUCCUACUUGUUUUUCUUGCUUUCAUGGGAAUUGGUGAGGUUGGUUCUUUAAUUUUUUGGCAACUAUAACUUCAAUUUUCUGUGAUUAUGUUUAUUUCAAAAAUUCCAUUGUAGAACGUGUUUCCAAAAGAGUAUGGUAACUAUUAUUUAGUAUGUAUCUUGGCUCAGUUACUGCUCUGGUUUUUUCACCUUUCUUAAUACAUAAGUUUGGAUGGC